CGGGAACUUCGUAUGUUAUGCACUCGAAAUUUCUUUCAUCAACGUCUCGCUGAUUUCAGCGUCGAUUUCUCGUUCAUCUGUUUCUUUUAUUCAACUUUAAAAAGGAAUUCCUUUAAGAUGAUUGGAUGGCAGAAUACGAGGAAUGCUUUAGGAAAGCUCGAAGAAUUGUUGACAUGUAAAAUUUGGUGGGUAUUCCCUGCAUGAGGAUUUGUUUAUUUUCUCAAGUAACAGCUGAAUAUCUGUUUAACGGAAACGAUGAUCGGUUUUCAACUGAUUUUUCUCUUUUGGUACUUUUAUUUGACGUUUAGUGCUAAUUUGGUGUCUGAUCCUUGUUCACUUGAGGCCUGCGAUCACAUCUUCUGUCGGUAAGUUUGUUGUACAACUUAAGGUUACAAAUGCUUCAGUGACAUAAGCUUAAAAUUAUGUUGUGAACUAAACAAUAAAAUUCUGUUUUUUGUACGCUGCUCUUAUACUUGAUCAAGCUUAAGCCUUUUAAUAAUGACCCGGAUUGAUUUGUGUGGGCAUGACGUACAUUCUUUUAAUCAUCUCCACGAAUUUGACAUUUUACCUUCACCCCUGCCCCCCCACAUCAUGGUGCAACAAGAAUCUCUUCAUGUGAUCCGAGAUCACUCGGAUCAUGGUAGAUCAAAUGAACCGAUAAAUCCUUGUCCAGAGUGGAUACAUCGGUUCAUUUGAUCUACCAUGGUCCAAGCCAUCUCGGAUCAUUGAUCCUAUACCUGCCAACUUUUUCCGAGAUGUAGGCGUGAGAUUUUUAUCCUGGGAGUGCUGGGAUUUUUGAAAACAACACGAUCAUUUCCGAAGAUUCCCGAAGAAGUCCGAAGUCCUCCGAAGACGUCCGAAGUCUGCCGAGAUCCACAAAAUCAGAGAUCCCAAAGGUAUUGUCAUUUAUUCAUUUUACACAUGGUUUUCGUUCGUUACAUGGGUCUGAGUUAACAUAUUUUUGGAAAUUGUGUCAAGCAAGACGGCAACAACUCACAUUUUUCAAUCAGGCGUGAGAAAUUGGUCCGCAGGCGUGAGCGGGCGUGAGAUCGAAGUUUUCAACCCGCAGGCGUGAGACUCACGCCUAAGGCGUGAGAGUUGGCAGGUAUAUGAUCCUGAUCCGGGUCAUUUCAAAUGAACACAGCCAUAGAUUUCCCAAUAGAGUCUAUGGGUGUGUUCCUUUGGGACAAUCGGGAUCAGGAUCAGUGAUCUGAGAUCACUCGAAUCUUGUUGCAUCAAAUGAACUGAUGAAUCCUUACCCAGGGUAGAUUCAUUGGUUCCUUUGAUGUGCUACAUGUUAGCCUGCAAGCAAGCUCUCCUAUUUGGACGAGCGAACCGAGUCUCGCGAGAACGCACGAGCGAGCGGUGAAGCUGUGAGGGGCAGAGGAAAGGCUUCGCCGUUCGCUUGUGCAUUCUCGCGAGACUUACUUCACUUGUCCAAAUAGGAGAGCUUUCUCGCAGGCUAGCUACAUGUAUGAUCUGAGAACUGAUCCUGACCCGGAUCAUCCCAAUGGAACGCACCCUAUAUGUUUUGUUUUUUAUUUGACUUUUUUUGCAGUAACUGUAUUAAGAAGCUGGUUGGUGCAGAUUCUAAAUGCCCAGAAUGUGGAGCUUUCUCCUGGGUGAAGGAUAUGAAAACAAAUCGUCAACUUGCAAAUACUGUCAACAUGUGUGCGAAGAUCAGAAUGUUAGUUGGAUCUGAUGAUGAUAGUGACAACAGUAGGAACAAGGCACAUGCAAGUAAUGAUAAAAAAGCCUUGGUUUCAAAUAAUUAAUUACAACUUUAGUUAUGUAAUUUGUUUUGCCCUGAUUUUUAUUUGGAACAAUCACUGUAGUGUACUGUAGGUGAUGGUCACAGUGGAGGGGGGGGAGUUUGGUGGGGAGGGAGGGAGAGGUGCUGUCAUUUGUGGAUUUGUGCCCCUGUGAGAGGUAUUGUAUCAAGCAGUUUCGUCUGGGAUUAGGUGCAGAAAACAGCGGGAUUUGGAAGAACAGAGUGUCGUUUAUUGAACAUUAAUAAUUUUGGUUCCUAGUCAAGAAUACUUACAGUUGUAUCGAGUUGAAAAAAUGUAGCUGAAAGUCAAACUAUAAUUAUUCGUAUAAGCUAAGAGUUACAGAGUUCCAGUGUCACACCCCUGCCUCAAUAGAGAACCCCCAAGGCUGCAGACCUGCGUCACAAUUCGCAUUUAGUGAUUAAAUACUAAUUUCAGAGCAAAAAAGGAGUUUUAUAUACAACAUGUACUCUGGUCCUUCCAGCUCAUAAAUUUCUUAGUUACUUAAAAGACUUCAAAAUUAUCUCUCUUCACCUAACAACAAAUUCAUGUUCUUUCUUCUUAAAACAACAGCGUCGGAAGAAACACAAGCAACAGAUGAUCAAGAGAGUGACUCCUAUCAGUUCUCACCACCAGAAGAAAGUACAGCAAAGUCAAUUAACUGUGACGUUGCUCUGCAGGAAAACUCCAUUUGCAAUGAAAGGGUUUUUAAGAAACCUGCAAUGAAGACUUAUGGUAAAACAAAGAAAGGAACACUGCAAAAGUGCAUGCAAAACAACUCUGAGGAACAUGUUGACACCAAUGCUGUUGGAAACAAGCUGGAACAAAGUGAUCAGAAGGUUUUGACAUGUAAGGGUGGGAAACCUUCGAAAAGCAAGAAAGGAAAAUCUGUUUUACCAAAGGGAAAUGAAACGGUCGUGAGUGAUACAAAGGUACCUGAGAGAGUGGAAAUCAAAGAGAAGUGCUUUGGGAGAAAACUGAGAAAGGAAAGAGUGAAAAGGACAGCCUCAUCUGUUGCAGUAUCAUCUAGUAAUGAUGAAGAGAUUGAAAAUGCAAAGGAAAUUGAGAAGAAGUUGAUAGAGAGUGGAGACAACUUACAGUUUGGAGUAAAUAAUGAAGAUGACAAUAUUGAGAUGGAAGAAUAUACUGAUACAGAAUGCUUCACACAGGUUAAAUCAAGAGAUGAAUGCAAGGAGAGUUCAGCAUUAGAGGCCAACACAGGACCUUUAGAUGAAGGUGAAUUACUGUAGCUUUGGCAUUGCAAUAAGUGUAUUAGCAUACACUUCUCUUCAAUCAGCACUUGGGAAAUCACUGCAAAAUUGUGUGUUUACCAUGAAAUCUUCUCAAUAUAUCUACAAAUGCUUUUAUAGCAGACAGCUGCAUGUUAUUUAAGCAGAUGUCUGCCUUACACCUUAAAACAUUUCUCUCUCUUCUUUUUUUUCAGUUGAAGGGACUCCUGAAGAAGUCAGGAGCAUUCUCAGAACAAGAGCUCAGAGAAGAAAGUUACAAGGACAGAGAGUGGGGACGCCACCCAAGGCAAAACCUCAGAAGGAACAAGUACAUGUAACACUCAGUGAUAUAGGAGAUAAACAGACAAGCAGUAGAGAAAAGACAACCAAGCAUAGCACAGAAACGCCUGUCGAACAAGGUAAGUGCAAUAACUUCAAAGUCAUGUCUUUUAUUACAGUGAAUAGUCAGUGCACAUGGAAUGAGGCACUAUAAUGAGUGGGUCUAUUUUAUGCCAAUUGCACCCUUGGGAACACAAAGGAAAUUUGUAGGCACCCUUUCUUAAAGCUUUGUUAGACAGUGACAUUUCAAAAAACCUGAAAAGUUAGGAAACUUGACUGUUACAAUUGAACAACACUAAGCUAUUGAAAAGCUGACAUUAAAGACUUUGACAUAUUGAUUUAUAAAAAGGUAAUUCCCUUACCUAUUUGUAACCCCUGCCAUUUUUUGUGAUGUUUGGUAGAAAUGUUAAAAGAAAAAUUCCUGUUCUAUUUUUUUAUUGAUCUGAUACAGGGAGAAACAAGAGGAAGCUUCCAGAUCAGAAUUUCUGCAGCCCACAGAGUUCUAUCUCCUGUUCUCCAGGCACAAAGAGAAAUAAACGAGGAGAAACACCAUUGCAAGUGGCAACAAUAAAGGUACUUUUAACAACACUUACUGCAUCGUUUAGUAGAGGCUGGGUGCCUGAGAUGUCCAGGGACUUACACUUUUGGCACUGAAACAAAUACAGUCAAACCUGCACUAAUGGCCAGCUCUCUAUGAUGGCCGCUUUGUUUGUCCCUCCGGCAGACAGUCCAUACAUUGACCCUUGUUUAAACCUCGCUACAACAGCAACAGCUACUACAUUGCUUCCCCAACUGCCAAAAUAACCUCUCAACAAUGGCCAGAUUUUUCAGCGAGUUACAAAAAAGUCAGGAAUGGUCAAGAACUUUGAUCCACGUGGCACCUCCAUGAUUAAUUAAUUGCGGCAAUCAUAUUUUAAUUGUGUUACCAUACGAUACUUUUACAUGUAACGGAUGUUGCAAGCCUCGCUGGUUUUGUCAUUUUGAUUAAAAACAUUGUUUCUAGUUUCUUGUUGUGUAUUUUAUCUCUACAGUCAUUUAUGAUUGGAUCACCAUUAUGGGAUACAGUAAACAUGAAUUCAUGGCAUGAUAAACAUGUUGUACUCCCCUAAAAUAAAAUUGUCAUAAUACACCCCUACCUUCCCAUAAUGGCCACCUCUCUACAAUGGCCACUUUCUUCUGUUCCCAGGUGGCCUUUGUGAAGAGGUAAAUAAUAAAAUUAAUUUUGUUAAUAAAUUCCAACCUUGCAGGUAAGCAUCACACAAUGACAGGCUCUGACAACAUCUAAAUGCCAUAUGAAAAUUGCAUUGAAUUUGACACCACUUAUCAAACUCCUCGGUUUAUUUCUGACUGGUAACCAAAGCAUCCUUUUUGCGUUCUCAGGGCUGUCUGGAAACUGUGAAAAAAUUACUUGGAGAAGGGGCCGAUCCUAACACCAAAGACCACGCUGGCUGGACUCCUUUGGUAAGUGAGUCUUCGACAGUUAACAGUCGAGAGUUUUUUUAAACCAGGUUUUGUACAGAGAAUUCUUGAAAAAAUCUGGAAAUUUGCAAAGCAAUUUUCAGAGAUAAAGCCUGGAAAAAUUGUAAAAAGUCUGGAAAUUUUUUUCAAAGUUAUAUUGUAGUUAAUUUUUUAUCUCACUUCCUUUUUGUUCUUCUUUUGUUUUCGGGUAUGGUAAUGACGCUAAUGAAGUAAAAACAAAAUAAAAAUAAAAAUUACCUGAGAUAAAAAAUUACUGUAAAAUUCUGAAACUAAGCUCCUCCAUGUAUAGGCCCCUCCAAAUAUGAGCUCCCCAAAAUCGUUACGCAAAAAACCCUCCGUUAAAUUGCCCCUCCCAAUAUAAGCUCCCCGGGGGCUUGUACUUGGAUUUUGCCCUCGAAUUCAAAGUAAAACAAAGCAAAAAUGGUAAAUUUUCUUCCCACUACAAGCUAGCCUAAUCAAUUUUGAAAUGCAAAUUUCCCUCCAUACAUAAGCCCCUCAAAAAGGGCCUUUGAAAAAUAUAAAACCUGGCGCCUAUUUUCGGAAUUUUAUGGUAACUACAACAGUUACAACUAAGUGCUUAAUGGGUGAAUUUUUUCCUGUGGUCACAUCCCAUUCAAUCUUGCUUGUAUUCAAGACAUUCAAUCACAGAAUGAGAAGUUUCAGAACUCUCUUAUGUCCGUAUUCCACCGUAGUAACUGUACCUUGGCAGUGCAUCAUGAAAAAAGCUUGGUUCCUGCAUUUUUCAAGGUCCCUGUUAAUCACCUAUUUGCCAACGUACAUUGUAAUGAUUCUGGAAAAAUAAAUUAUUGUUGUGGAAAAAAGUCUUGAAUUUUAGAUCCAAACCUGUUAAACUGAAGUUACUUGUGAAUCAAUCAAUUUGUUCAGUUACAUAUUUAAAAGUGUUUUAUAAAAUUUUAGCAUGAAGCCUGUAACCAUGGUUACCUAGCCAUAGCUGAGCUACUAUUGGACCAUGGUGCCAUGAUUGACAUUCCUGGAGGUUUUGAUCAUGACACGCCCUUACACGAUGCUGUCACCAAUGGUAGACUGGAGAUAGUAAGACUUUUACUCUCCAGAGGAGCUCCUCUUGAUGUUAGGUGAGCAAACUGGGAUUUUUAAAGCUUAUACCCUGCUGGCCUGCUUGCAGACAUCUCCUACAUGUAUUUUCUUUGUUGCUGUCAGAAAAGAGAUGUCUGCAAAAUGCCAUCACUAAUCAUGUUCCAGCCUCGUUCUCAGGGUAUUCAACUUUGAAUAAAAGUACUGUCUAAGCCUUGGUUUAAUGGAGACAACUUGGGUAUUUUGCAUAGCAUAUAAUACAUUAGAACAUUCCUCGACUACUUCUUGUGAGGGAGAGAGAGAUGUUGCAAAAGAAAAUACAAUGUAGGAGACAUCUGGAAUAGGCUUAUGCUCUGUUAUACAAUAACUUUCUUAUAAUAUUACUUACCUCCUUCCAGUGGAUAUGUACAACCCUCAAUUCCUGCAUCACAGACAGUUCUUUUGGUCCCAAAAAUGGUAGACUUCAUGAAACAGGCACUUGAGUACUUUGCUUUAACAGAGGUUCGACUCGAAAACAUACAUGUGUUUUAUCUUCAGGCUCCCCUUUCUUAACUCCUCGCGUCCUUACGAUGAAGCUUACAUGUACUUCAAACGUUUUUAUGAGUAAAGCUACGUAAAUAUCUAGUCUAAAAUUAGAAGGGUUACUUCUAUGUUUGGUAUCAAUACAUGUAACUCUAUUUGUUUCCUCUACAUGUACUGUAAUACGUUAUAAAGAAACAAAAGGGGCCUCUUUCCAAAAGACUAUGCAGCAACUGAGGAGAUGAAGUCCGUAUUGUCCACGACAACACCUAUGAAGGACAGUGGAUCCUCAAAUCGGAUGACCUCAGCGUCUCUGGGCACUAAGGCUAGUAUUACAAUGAUUUUUAUCUUUUAGACUAUGUAUGCUAAAAGCUUCUGAAUAUUCUGAUAUCCAACCACUAGAAGUUCAUUACCAAACGUUUCUUUCUGUUAAACCGAAACACGCUAGAAAUUAGCCAUGUGCGUGACUGGGAAUGGAUCUCGCGACUUCGCCGGUCGUCGUUCUAGUGUUCACGCGUGCCGUUUUGUCCCUUUUUCGCGUCAUCCCGCGUUACGCGCGCUCACGUGAGACGAUUUUCCGCGCACUAUCGCUCGAAAUAAAUAGGAAAAAAGGUGUGCUUUGACAGGCUAGCCACAAAAUUGUGCUUUAAAAGUAUGCUGCCUAAUUUUUGUGACCUUCUUUAAACAUGCCAAAAAUACAGGCAUUAAAAGGUGUGGUUUUGCGCACAGCAGUAGGGCGGAUGGGGAGUUUUACAGUUCGAUUAACAGUAGUGGUUGACUAUGCUGGGACAUUUAUUCAUUUAUUAAGGAUAUUUCUUCUUUUUACAUGUACCUGUAGUGUUCACAAGAUUCUCCUAAAGUUCUCCUUGCAACUGGUCUUAGUUCGGGGCAAAAGGUAACGCAACUUUAAAGACAACUCAUAAUAAAACGUUUUGAAUAUGGUAGUUGUCAUAACUACCUGUUUUUGAGACAAGCUACAGCUGUUAACGGAAGUCCAUGGUGAAAACAAAAAUGGGGUUUCAUUUUUUAGUGAAAACAAUUGUGAGAAGGUAUCGUGUUAAUAUAAUACGAAAUUUACCAGAAAUAUCUCUACAAUGCCAACCUGAGAUUUGCCUACUUCAACGACGUUUAAAGGCUCCUCAAAUGCGGUCUUGUACACACCGCUUGUAUACAAGGGUAUAUUCCCAAAGACUUUUAACUUCCUUAAUUUAUGAAUCACAACUAUUUAUAGCUACGUUAGGGUUUCGUUGUUUGACCAAUGACAGAGAUAUUAUUAUCCUGUUUGUUCUUGUGGUCAUACCUUAGAUUAUUUUACGCUGCAUGUUAGAGUAUAAAUGGUAUUUAUACAAUUCAAGAAUUCUGUUUCAGACGAAGCUCCAAAGGUGCUCACAGAUUCUCAAUGCAAAGAUUGUUAAUGAGUUCUCUCUUUCUGGUAAGUGAGCUGAACGUUUCGUAAGUUUGUGUUAUUGGUUAGUGUUCAGUUUUCAAGUGAAACAGAUUAAGCGGAUAGAGUGAUCAAAGUGACGACAAAGCCCGCCGCAUGUUUGAAAACUAACUCCUUUCUUCCAUACACCAAAAUGCAGUUGCAACGUGUUCUUUGGGACUUGACAGAACUAUUACAAAGGGCUAAUUUGUAUUCAACAUUGAAAGAACGCUCUCUGAUAAAAUUUGCCAGAGUAAGUAAGCUUUCGGCAGUUUCUUCCGGUCGGGAAAGGAAAAGCUUUAGAAUGGUCGUAACAAUUUACGGACUGUGAAAGAUUUUCAACUAGAGAACUCAGCUUAAGAAAGCUAUUUCUUGUCUCGUUCACUUGUAAUAUACUUUGGUAAAUUGUUCAUAGUGACACACAUUGUAACAGCAACAAACAGCAAAGGAGUUUGUCCAAGGACCAUCAAGUAUCUGAAUGGCGUGGUGACUGGAAAAUGGAUAGUGAACUACGAUUGUAAGUAAAUCAAAAUAGUACAGUGGAUAUCUAGAGCUCUUUCUGGAAAGUUCCGCUAACGUAGACUUUUAUCGAAGAGUUUUUGAAACUGUCCUAAGAUACUUGUGGUUUUCAGAAACCACAACAAGGAAAAUAUGAGUUCCGUCUUCAAGUACGUGCAGAGAGCUUAAGCAACAGCGACGGGAACAAGAACGGCCAAAAAGCAACCGUUUAAUAAGCGAAACUGAGCAAAACAAUGAUUUUGCUGGUGCAUCACACUCUCUGAUACAUUUCUUUGCCGUCUUCGCGCGUCUUUGACGUGAAAUUUCCUAUUUUCACGUCGUAAUAAAGGAGGGCGUCAACUUGCAAAACUGAACGAUUUCUUUUUUCCUUUUUCUGAACUUGGAUACAGUCCUCCAGAAUUCAACCUCAGACAAAUUCGCCCAUAUUUAAAUUGAGCGAUGUUAAGUAGUAGCGCGAUAAAGUUCAAUUUGAAAGAGCGCGAAUUCUCUUUUCAAGUAACGUUUCGCUUCCCCCCGCUAUCAUAGUUGCCUAACUUAAAGCUCGUUGCUGAAGGGUUGAGUUACAAAGAGGCCUCACUUUCAAUCCCGAUAUGUAUCAAGAAAUAUCUACCUACCAACUACAGUACAGUUAAAAUCCUCCAGACGAUAAAGCCGUUACCAUGGAGUUGCGAUGGCGACUAUACGGUCGACUAGUGCAGCGAAACCACUCUUAUCUUGUGUACUGUAGACCUCUUUGCUUGCUCAAUGGACACAUUUAUUAAUUUCAGGGGGUUCAUUAAGGUUUUGAACAGGAGGGCAACUGAGUUUGACACCCGGGCAAAGAAUUGGCAAGGCCCUUCCCCCCUAGGGGGGUCGGGGGCAUGCUCCCCCGGAAAAUUUUGAAAUUGUAUAGUUGCAGGGAUGUGUUUUUCUGCAUUUUGAAGCUGCAGACAGUGACUUUCAACGACCAAAAAAAGAUAACUUUUCUAGACAAUUUAGUAAUGAUUUGAUACCAAGAGUUUUCGCUAGAAGGUGAAUCACAAAAGUAUUAGUUUAACAUCUUGUCUUGAAAAUUUCAAUUACUAGACGGGAGUCCUGAGCACUGUUUUAACGUGAACGCACCGAAAAUUAAUUCAUUGGCGUAAACCAUAAGACGAAUAAAAAAUCACGCUUCGCUUCAUUGAACGUGAUGAUUAAGUCAUUCAAUAUAUACAGGCAAGUAAAAGGUUAGAUCACAAAGAAGUCUACUCUCCUCUUGGCCUUUUCUCUACUGGAGGCCCUUUGGUUGAAGCCGAAAAAUAAUCCACUUUCGAACGCGUUAAUUUUCUGGGCCGCCAUGCUCACGUGCUCGCAAUCCUGAUACAUUUCACGUGGUCGUUUAUGAAGUACAGUUCUUUUCGCAAUGUGUUUAUGGGGCAAUUCUUGUAUUUAACACAUAACGAACGAGGGGAUUUCAUGCCACGCGUAAUAAAGUGGAAACUGCAGGGCAAAGUAUGUUUUACACUCGAUAAGACUCAUCAAGAAUAGGGCACGAUUGUAACUUAAAACUGUUUAUAAUCGUUCCUUGUAUUAAAAAGAAGUUCUUUGAGAUGUAAAGCAGCCGGGCAAAGUCGUGUUCACAGCCGGUCAAUUUGCCCGUUGCCCGGCCCUUAAUGAACCCCCUGUAAUUUAGUGAUAUUUAUCCAAGGGUCCCGUUUGUAUGGUCGCCUAGACUUCGCAAACAGCAUCAUCUUGUUUGUCAGCGUAGUGUUUGGACAACGGCAAACAUGACCAAUAUAUUUUAAAUAUUGGCUCCUGAUCACAUUUCUGAUGCUGUUGUUUUUUAUUGUCUAGAAUGCUUUUCAUUGGUUUAAGAAUUACCUGUCCCGUUAAAAAGUACGAGCUUCCAUUGGAAUACAUAAUUUCCAAUAAUUCUCCUAAUGCCAUCUAUUGUUCCGCAGGGAUAGAAAAAUGCUUACGGCGGAAAGCAUGGAUAGAUGAGACUGCGUAUGAGAUAAAAGGAACAAAUGAUGCGGCUGUCGAGGCGCCCAAAAGAGCCCGAAUUAAUUCAGUUAAGCAGGUCAGUUUAUUACAAACAGGUUGUUUCUAUUGGUGAUGAUGAUGACGGUAGUGAUGAUCAUGGCGGUCACCAUGGCAAUGGACUUGUCAAUAAUGACUGCAACUACUGAUGGUGAAAAUGAUUCUAGUUUGGUUAUGAUAACUGUGAUGAAUUUGGCAAAGAAUUGCAAGGCUGAUUGUUUUACUAGAAAAGCACAUUUUUUAAAAGAGCAUGUUAUCAGGCACGGCCUCACAACUUUUGGUGACUCGACUGGAUUUUGCAGGGGCAAUGUAGCAAUGCUCAUACUAAGUCUAAUACAGCUGAUCGUUUCCCUAUCUCUUUGUUAAUGGCGACGUACACUGUAGUUAAUGCUCUAACUUUAGUACAUGUAAGGGUGCAUUUCAUCAAACAAAACUGUUUCAAAAACAUUUUUUGACUUUUGCCGUUAUCCAUCGUUCUCAUGUUGUUUUCCAGCUUCCGGGUUUAUUUGACGGUUGCCAGUUCUACUUCUAUGGUGAAUUCUGCCCACCCCACCCCCCAAAGGAAGACCUCAUCCAGAUGGUCAAGUUUGGGGGUGGAAAGAUUCUUUCACGUGAGCCGAAACCAGACGUGGACGAGACUCUCUGCUUGCCCACGUCGCAGAAAGCUAAUGUGACCGCAGUCACUUUAGCGCCUGUCGCUUACCACGCCAAUCCAACCUCGCGAAAUUAUCGCUGCACACAGUACGUGAUCUACGAUUCUUUAGCGGAUAAAAAGCCCCACAUCUGGAGCACUGACUCUGUGUGUACUGUGCCUGUAACUUGGCUGAUGGACUGCGCCUCGAACUUUGCAAUCUUAGAAUUAGAUUUGGAUUAA